AUGGCUUCUCACGAUGAAAGACCUAGUAAUCGACGUCCGAAAUACGGAUGUCCAGAACUAGAUCAAGAUCCGGCACAGAGGUAUAGGAGAGACAUUGUGGAUUAUGCACUUAUAAGCUUGCGUAUUUCCAUUGAGCGAGCACCGUUACUAAAGUUGGAGAAAUUGUCUAUCCACAUUCAUCCAUCUGGACUUCAAUAUUUGCGCCACAUGCCUGGAUUCGGAUGUACACCAUCUGCAGGACGACGAUGGAGACAAAUACGGAAACUCAGUAUUACGAUGGAUUCAUGGGAUUUCCAGAGUUUAUUACCUGGUCGCGAUCAUUUGAAAAUUCUCGAUGAUUAUAUUCGAAAUUUCGCGUCGCAUUUGGAGAAAGUGAGUUUUGGAUGGCAUGGAAGGAAAGGUCCUUGCCCAUUCUCUUUAUCUAGAGAUCCACUAUUCGCACCUCCAAGAAAGACGGUGAAGUUAUUUGGAGAAGUGACGUCCCCAAUGUCGCCAUUACCAGCUGCUCCUCCAAGGCCACCGAUGGUAUUUCCAAAAUUGCGAUAUAUGCAAGUGAGGAAUGCUACGAUGUCGGAACAGCAAGUCGCAGAUUUUGUCUAUGAACAUCGUCAUACGGUAAAAGAAUUCGAUUUUGAGAAUACGUCGUUGAUUAAUGGUGGGACUUGGGAGCGGGCAUUGGCGCCUCUGACGUCGAGAAAUAGUCGAGGAAGUGAAGAAUGGUUAUCGCAGCCUAGCGGAUCUGGUGUUGAAAGUUUGCAAUAUCAAAGUGGAAGUGAUUUAUAUGACAUUGAGGAGGCGCCCGAGGUUAUUGAAACUUUGUCUGGGGUGACGUUGGCUGAUACGAAGGAGUCGUCGAUGACUGGUACAAAGCUUAUGAAAAAGAGGUCGCAUCAUCGUAGACGAAGACGCAAGCAUAAGCAAAAGGAGAAAGAAAGAAAUGAAGAUGAUGAUGAUCCCGAUGAAGAGGUAAAGCUAAAGGUUUCAGCUCCAAUACCAAUAGCUGCGCCUUCAAUUGAGUUAUUACAGCCAAUGACUUUCAAUCCAAACAUCCAGGGCGUUCAGCGUAACUUUGAGAAGGAGGAUGCCCAACAGGAAUUAAUUGACGAUCCUGAGAAGAGGAUGACUGCUUUGAAGAAGGCAAGGGAAGCCGUCCUGAAGCAACUUGGUAAAGAAUUUUGCAAGACUCAAGAUAAAAAAGAACGGGUAUCGACAGCCUGGCCCAAGCCUUUGCAGUUGGGAGCUUCAUGCUCAUCCCCAAAGAAGUCCGUAGGAUUUUUCGGCCAUGGGAGUAGUACCGCAUUGGUACCUUUGAUGUUUAGUCGGUAUUAA